GCCAGCCAUUUUUCAAACACAAGCACACACAGGUUCUUUUUGCACUCUCAGGCAUCAAUCCCGCAUGUUCCUGGUCCAUAUCCUUUUGUUUUGUUAGUAUGAUAACUCACUGCCUGUUUGGAGUGGCUUUGGCAUGUAUACUGUGAAAUGUUGGUGCAAUAAAUCCAUCAGGGCUUUUCAAACAAUAGUUGUACAGUUUAGUGCAAAUGUAUGCACACCAUUAAAACCAAAUGAAGAAGACACUUCUCAGUGGUAACUUAUAUCACCCAUUCUUCUUGAGAUACGUACAUGCUUAAAUAUUGUGUAUAUAUUGUUAACUGAGUGGGCAACACACGGUCUCCGGUUUGAUCCCGAGCUUGAGUUAUUGUCUGUGUGGAGUUUCUGUGCAUGUUCUCCUCUUUGAUUUCCUCAGGAUUCUCCAGUUUCAUCCCACCUCCCAAAAAUAGGCCAGUAGGUAGAUUGGCUAGUCUAAAUUGCCCAUGUGUGUGUGUUUCCCUGCAGUGGACAGGUGUGUGUUCCUGCCUCAUGCCCGUGGUUCUCAGGGUGGCAUCUGGAUCAGCCCUGACCAAGAUAAAGCUCUAACUGAAGAUGAAUGAAGUAUGAAACUGGGAAACUAGAGUUAUGUUUUGCUUUUCAGCCUGAAAUCAUACUUUGCUGCAAAAUCUUUUGCACUCUAUUCUACUAUACUUUGUAUUUUUCUCUAUUUCAAAGCUAAAACGGCAACGAACACGUAAUAAUUUCAUUGAUCCUUAAACAAUAACAUAUUAGGAUCACUUCUGUAAAAGACCACUUUCGAAGUCCACAGAUUUCCAUUUCAUCUCAGCAUGCAUUUCAAGCCUGCUCUUUCCAGUAGCCACGCCCACACCGAUACGCUCGUAUUUAUCCAAUGAGGAAUUGCACGCUAGGAAAAACAAAGCCUCUGAUUGGCCAGAACGCGCCGAUGGUUUCAAGGCGCCCCGUGGAGACGCGCUGCGUGCUGAAGAGUGAAUGAGGGAGGAGGCGGGAGGCUGGAAACCGUCUUCCCCUCAGCGCGAGGCCAAUGUGGAGUCAGUGGAUCGGCUCGAGUGAGGCGGCGGACGCGACUAACCAGUUUGUGAAAGAAAGUUAGAUACCGGCGUUGUUUGGAACCCGGGAAAAAGGGAAGGUCGGAAAGAAAACAAAACAGUUUUCCGACGACGACAAUGAAGUCGCGGAAUAAGGGCACGGAUACCUGAGUUUUGUGCGGAAACAAAAGAAGCUGGAUUGUAAGUUUGUGAAUAACGUUCCGAGAGGGGGGUCGGUUACGCUUCAUCCGGGGAUUUUCCUAGUUAUUGAGUCUCGAACUUUGAUUUUUUUUCCCGGCGGAUUUAUCUUUUUUUAAAGAUGGCGGUUUGGAGCCAGGUGGUGGUGCGCGCGCUCGUGGCGUUUUUUCUGCUCCUCAGAUCGAGCUGUGGUCAGUACCACGGUGAGAAGGGGAUCUCCGUGCCAGAGCACGGUUUCUGCCAGCCGAUCUCCAUCCCUCUGUGCACAGACAUACAGUACAACCAGACCAUCAUGCCAAACCUCUUGGGUCACACAAACCAAGAGGACGCGGGUUUGGAGGUGCACCAGUUCUACCCGCUGGUUAAAGUGCAGUGUUCUCCGGAUCUCAAGUUCUUCCUGUGCUCCAUGUACGCACCGGUGUGCACCGUGCUGGAGCAGGCCAUCCCUCCGUGCCGCUCUCUCUGCGAGCGGGCACGGCAAGGCUGCGAGGCGCUCAUGAACAAGUUCGGCUUCCAGUGGCCCGAGCGCCUGCAGUGCGAGAACUUCCCAGUGCACGGAGCAGGAGAGAUCUGCGUUGGGCAGAACACGUCGGACACCGGCAAGCCGACAUCGGAACCGACGCCAGACAUGGAAGAAAAUUUCACACCGCGCCCGAAUGAUAGAUUUGGUCACCCUUUCUCGUGCCCUCUUCAGCUCAGCGUGCCUUCCUACCUCAAUUAUAACUUUUUGGGAGCCAAAGAUUGCGGCGCACCCUGCGAACACUCUCAGCCACACGGACUCAUGUACUUUAAAGAGGAAGAGGUGAAGUUUGGGCGCCUUUGGGUCGGGGUUUGGUCCAUACUGUGCUGCCUGAGUACUCUCUUUACAGUCCUCACUUACCUUGUGGACAUGCGCCGCUUCCGUUAUCCGGAGCGUCCUAUCAUCUUCCUGUCCGGCUGCUACUUCAUGGUGGCUGUGGCAUACGUCACUGGGUUCCUCCUGGAGGACCAGGUGGUGUGCGUUGGCAAGUUCGGGGACAACGGCUACAAAACGGUGGCACAGGGAACCAAAAAAGAGGGAUGCACUAUCCUGUUCAUGAUCCUGUACUUCUUUGGAAUGGCCAGCUCUAUCUGGUGGGUGAUCCUGUCUCUGACCUGGUUCCUGUCCGCUGGCAUGAAGUGGGGACAUGAAGCCAUUGAGGCCAACUCGCAGUACUUCCACUUGGCAGCAUGGGCUGUACCUGCCGUGAAAACCAUCACGGUGCUGGCGCUCGGCCAAGUAGACGGCGACCUACUGACGGGCGUCUGUUUUGUAGGCAUCCAUGACGUCGCGGCGCUGCGUGGCUUUGUCCUCGCGCCUCUUUUCGUCUACCUCUUCAUCGGGACGUCCUUCUUGUUGGCCGGAUUUGUGUCCCUCUUCCGCAUCCGCACCAUCAUGAAGCACGAUGGCACCAAGACGGAGAAGCUGGAGAAGCUGAUGGUGCGCAUCGGCGUCUUCAGCGUGCUCUACACCGUCCCCGCGACUAUCGUCAUCGCGUGCUACUUCUACGAACAGGCCUUCCGCGAGCAGUGGGAGAAGACCUGGCACAUGCAGACGUGCAAACGCUUCGCCGUCCCAUGUCCCGCUGCCGACUUCGCGCCCAUGUCCCCAGAUUUCACCGUCUUCAUGAUCAAGUACCUCAUGACCAUGAUCGUCGGGAUCACGUCCGGAUUCUGGAUCUGGUCAGGGAAGACGCUGCAGUCGUGGCGCAGGUUCUACAAGCGGCUCGGAAACGGGCAGGGCGAGACCACCGUGUGAAAUUUUGGAUAGACGUUCAGUUCAGGACUGCCAUGCAGACAUGUCUCAGAACUGCAGCCUGGAUUAGAAAAAAAAAUCUGACUUCUAUGACGUAAAAUGCCUGCAGGAGGACUUUGCUCAGAUAAUCCACCCACACCAAAUAGAUCACCUUGUGACACUUAAAUACUUGAACUUUUAGCCCUGACUGUCUACACUUUUUUUUCUACAACUUUUGCAUGACUUCAAAGGAUUUUUUUUUUUUUUUUUUUUUUUUUUUUUUUUUAUAAAGUGUUCGAAAAUGCUUUUUUUUAAAUGAAAAAACGGUUCUGUGCCUUGUCAAAAAAUGCUUUGUUUGACAUUGUAAUGUCGAGAGAAUGAUCUCCACAGUGGCCAAAACGUAGUAUUUUAAUCUUGUGCCUUGUAAUGUUGUCCAGACCCUGUAUGUCUAUUUCAUCCUUUUUGUUUUGCACAGAUAGUGCAGGAUUUUUAUACAUGUUAAAUGUCCUUUUAGAAGUAGAUGCGUUCAGUUCAUGCGACUGUAAGACUUCAGGAGUUUUUAUGGUUUAGUGAAGAAUUCAAACUGACGGGCUCGGAUGAUGUGGCUGUGAUUGGUGGGAUUAAAUGUAGGAGUUCAGAGGAGGGAGGAAAACCCCUUUUUUUUCUUUUUUUUUUAAAAAUGUCAUUACUUUUUAAAGACAUUACAUGUAUUUAUUUAAAGUAAACUCAUUUUUAAGACCAUAUUCUCCAUUCAGCAGUUUCACUUAAUAAAGUGAGUAGAUUUUUAGAACUUCUUGAUGUAUUGAUGUUUGUUUUUUUUUUUCUGAAAAGUUUCUUUUAAUAUUUUUCUGUGCUAAAAUGUGGGGUUUUUGUUUUUUUUUCCCAUUAGCUUGACUGCAAAAGAAAAAUCACCCAAUCAGCACAGAUUUAUUUUACAAACUAUUUCAGUUUAGGAACAUAUAUGUAUAAACUUGUAGAAUAUUACCUGUAGUCUUUCAUUCGAAUUUUUCAUUAGAUUCCAGUCCAGGAUUAAUAACUUCCAUUAUCACAGAAAUGAACGCAAAAUCAAGCAAUCUUCCUCCACAAUAUUCACAGGAGCUUGCAAUUUUUCGAGAUUACCGCAGAUUUGGACCAAGACGCGUGAUGUGACGUCAUCACAAUACGUAAUCAGCCAAAGCCCUCUUUGAUUCACGUGCGUCGAACACAAGUACAGCUAAAAGUUCUCAUUUACCGAUAAACAUCACUCCGAAAGACCAUGCGAAACAGUUUCAUGUGACUGCGAUUUCGCCAAUUCAAGUCGUUUUCCACAAAAAAACACCAAAAACUCAAGUUGCAUCGCAAAUUUUGAAAAAACUUGCAAGCGUUCUGGCAACAAUAACAAAAACUUCCGUGAAAUCCUGUACAGACUACAUAAAGGUGGGUUGUGAUUUCCACCUCUGAACAAAAUAUGCUUCAUGACUCCUGAGGUUCUCCAGACCUCACUUUGAAAACCAUAUUGUCUGUUCUCUGUCUAGGAACCGAGUCUAGUUUGUUUGUUUUGUUUAUCCCUGUAGGCCAUGUUUUAUAGUGGUUGGUCAAUUUGUGUAUACAUUUGCGCAAAUUACGUUUAGGUAUUUCUAUACGUUCGACGUAAUUGGUCAUAAAAACUGAUUGUAACACACUAACAGCUCCUUUUUACAAGCCUCCCUAUUAACUGAUUUGAUUGGUGUGACAGUGUGUGCCGGAGGGCCAGAGCCUCUGAGAGCUACACGGUUAUUUGGGAGUUCUCCAGGAAGUUUAAAUGUUUCUUUUAAGAAGCAGGCCGAGAUAAAAGAGCUAACACGAUAACGGGAGAUAAUCAGGAGCUGGUGUGAAGUCUGUCGCGCUGCUUUUGAGGCGACAGGAAGAGUGGAGAUGCGGCGAGGCACACGAUCCCUCAGUCUUCCUCAGGCGUGUGCUGAAACGCAGUAGCUCAGCAUUCCUCAGUCUAAGGUAAAAGCUUAACCUUGUGUUUGGGUUUGUGUUGGGGGUUGUUGGGGUUACUGUAUCCACAGCUUAGCUCAGAGAGGGGGUUGGGGCUGAAGGCUCGAGGCAAAAACUUCCAGCACUAAUGUUUGAGAUACAGCAGUGGAAAAUGUAUUCAUUUAUUAUUAUUCUUUUUAUAAAUCCUCUUUGUAAAUACCAUAAACAUACAACAGAUGUGUGUUUUUUUUCAUGCGUUACAUUUUGUAGAACAUAAAGGACCAAAAUGAGAGAAAGGUUACACAAUCAGAAGUUCAUUACGUGUGUGUAGGUUUUUAGACACCUCACGACAUUAUUUUUCACAUGCGGACUUGACAAACGUAGUGCAAGUGCUUUUUAUUUAUCCGCAUACGCGAUCACAUAGAAUUCAUAUGAUAUUGUGUGUGUUUGAUUGAAUUCUCAUGUACAAGUUCAGCGCCUAGUGAAAUUUUUUUCAUAUGACUCACAUAAUCAUGUAAGGAAAAGCUUGAGUAAUUGUAGCGCACGUAAGUACAAUUUUGGAAGAUUUAUACAGUUGAAACUAUUGAGUAUUAUUGAUAUUGUAUACUUGUUCUCCAGUACUUAAGCACAUACUUUUUACUUCUUACAUUUUUGUUUCAACCUUCAAAUUACUCAUUAAAUUAGCAAAAAAGCUUUUCUCUUGCCCAGCUGUUAUUCCAAUCAGGUAUGUUUACGUGUUAUUCGAUUUUUAUUCCUGCCAUCCAAUCAAAGAAACGGUUAGCUUUAUGUCUCAGCCCCUCCAGGAUUUCGCAAUUUUGUGAAAAUCAAGCAAACUCCGCAAUAUUCGGAGGAACUUGCAAUUUUUUCAAAAUUACCGCAGAUUUGAACCGAGACGUGUGAUGUGACGUCAUCACAACACUCAUUCAGCCAAAGCCUUUUCAAUUCACGUGCGUAGAACACGUGUACAGCUAAAAGGUCUCAUUUACAUUGCUGUGAAAGGCCAUGUAAAACCAUUUCCUGCAAUUCUAUUUCGCCAGAUCAAGUAGUUUUCCAAAAAAACGCAUAAACGCAAACAUUUUUUGAAGCCCCAGCAAAAUUGAGCACUUUUUGGCCACAACAAUCACACAAAAAAAAACCUCUGCGAAAUCCUGGCUAGUUUAGCGGCUAGUUUUGUUUUGGUCGCAGUUUCCAAUGCGGUUAUUAAACUAUAACUAACCAGCAAGCCGAAUUUUUGAUUGGUCUGAUUGGAAUAUUGGAUAGAUAUUUCAUCAAAUGAAUAAAUAAAUGAAAAUUCAUGUCUGGAUUGUUAACAUUUGAUUGGUUUAAGGAGAUUGAUUGACUUUCUCUCAACUAGAUUUUCGACUCAAUACUUCUACUUUUAACCACGUUUUUGACACGCUUUUACUUGCGUACAGUUCCUCUGUAAUUUUUCACCCCGAUGUGUCUGGAACCGAAGUCAAAACAUGCCAAAAAAGAUUAUGGACCAGUAUUCAUUUAUUCAUUUUGUGUUACUGAACUUCAGAUAAUACCUCAUAAUAUGACUAACUAGGAAAGACCUUUCUUAAGCCGGUGUUGUUGAUGAUAGUUGUUUAACUGCAUGUCACAUUCAUUCCUCUGCACACACGCGAAAGGAACUGGAACCGCAGAUUAAAUCAUUUUGUUCUAAAUCUAACAUGACAUCCAAUCAUGUGGGUGUGACACUGCAGACAUACGAUCCUCGAACUGCUCAUCGCAUGCAAUCUGUCAAACCAAUUUAAACAAUUGCUGUAAUUUACAGCUUGAUAUGUGUGAAGUUUCUAGGAAUACCCACCCAGUAAAUACAAAUUGGUCACUUAACCUCAAAAUCAGGAAACAUG